AUGCCCGUGGCGGUUGGUGGCGGUUCCCCUGUGCCGUGUUCGCCGCGGCCGUUUGGCGUGGCGUUAGCUGCGCUUGCCUCGCAGAUACGGUCGGCGCCGGUUGCCCCUGUUGCGGCAAUGUCUGUCGCGGGUUCUCCUGCACACGCGUGCUCCACGGUAGUCGACUCUGGACGAGAGUCGGCGGGUGUGGCCGUCCAACCGCGCGUGGUGGCGCCGGCGCCUGAGCCUGCCUUCGUUCCGGCGCCUGCGGCUGACGUGGCGCCUCUCCCUGCUCCUGGCGCGGCGCCCUCUCCCGCGCUUCACCUUCCGGUGUUGCCGUCGCCUGCUGAGACGGCGGCUGUUGCUGGGGUGGCACCUGCGUCUGGCGUGGCGCCUCCUCCUGCGCCUGAGGCGCUGCCUGUGGUGUCUCCUGCUGCAUCCCUUGAUGCACCAGGUGGGAAGUCUGCCCCUCCGCUCCCCGCGGCUUCCGCGUCUGCCCGUGCCCUUCCUCCGGCUGUGCAGCAGCGUAACUCCCGUCCUCAUUCGCCCUCCCCCCAAGUUGAGCGGGAUGGGUCUCGUCGGCGGCGUGAUUCCCCUCGCCGACGGCAGCCGCCGGCGGACUGGCAUGUCCCUCUGCAUGCCGCUGCUCAUGGGAACCGGAUGCGCCUGCCGUGGGUUCCUCCUGUGGUGGGUAUGGAGUUUGUGACCGCGGCUGGGGGACCGGUGACGGCGCAAUAUCCCUCUCUACUGCCUGUUGCUCCUGCUCCUCCGGCUGUAUCGGUGCCAGUACAGUCACUGGUGGGGCCCCUUCCGUCAGCCGUAGUGCCGGAGGCGUCGCUGGGGCAGCUAUGGCGCCUCUCUGAGGGUCUGCGGGCAGUGCACCUGAUUCAGGUGUAUGGUCACGCGGCUCUAUCCUAG